GGACCGACAAACAACGGACAAUGGAUGCAACGGAUGGGUCAGAUCAUUACGACAGGCCAAAGCUUCGAACCACGUUCCUAGGUGGCCAGAUCACGUGAUGGUGCUGCACCACUUCCCGGUUCCUUCCUAUCUGUGUGGACUUGCUGUGCCUUUCCCAGAUCUCCCAGAAGCUGUCAUCUGGCUGCGUCAAAGUGCUCCCACGCCGCAACACAACAUUAAACGCUUUUCCAGAGCUCGUCUGAAACAACAGCCUCUGUAUCCAUUUGUUGCUUGUCCAUUUGUUGCAUUUGUUUGCUUUUUCUUUAAACCCCUUGCGGCUUUCCCACCUAUUUCUGACUACCUGCGCAUCUCCCUAUGGAGAACUCCCUACGAACUCGCUCAUCCAUCCACCAACAGUGAAAGUUCAAACGCGCCAGGAGAGAAUAAAUAUGCGGUGGCUGGGACCUUUCCAGCUCCACUCGCUUCACUCUCUUCCGCCGGGCCGCCCGUCGCACGCCAACCGAUGAACGGAGAACGGAGCGCUUGCAGCUCCUUGGACGGCUGCUGGCCAUUCGCCGUGCCUGCCCAGACUUGGUCUGCGCACCUGGCCGCAUAUUCAAGGCCCCCCUCCAUCGAAACCCAAACAAAGCCCGCGCUACCUUCCUCCCUACCCAACACAAAGAGUCGGUGUGUUUCUGUUCUCUGACACACGAAGGAACGCGUCUCAUCGGAUCGCGAACCGGUGCCAAGCAGAUCGCCCGAGCACUCGCCAGGGGCAGGACUGGCCCCAUUCCCGGCUUUCUCUGCCUCGCGGCGGUCAGCUGUCAACGACUCGUCUGGCCGGAGCUCGCGCCCAUUGAUACCGGCGACCAUUCACCUCACGUCGCUGGAAUCAGGAUGGACCUUGAAGGACGAGCUAAGCUCCAAACAGGAGAGGAACGCCUUUUGGGCAGCUAGUACGGACGUACCGCCCUAUGCGCUGUGAUUUCCC